AUGGCCGAACUUUUCGCUGGAAAACCACUUAUUAAUCACGAAGGCGAGGAAGUUGUUGCUGCUGAAGUUUUGAAAGACAAAAUUGUGCUUUUAUAUUUCUCAGCAAUGUGGUGCCCAUCGUGCAGACAAUUGACACCAAAGUUGAAGGUAAACAGAUUUUUGACUCUCUGAAACAGAAGUGACGUGCCAAAAUUUUUCCCAUGAGACUAUGUUUUUUCACUUCAUAGCUCAUAUUUGGAUUUAAUUUUUUCAAAACCUGAAUUUUGUGAUCAAGGAGUCAAAAAUCCAAUAAUUAACCGACCACUUUAGAAAUUGAAAAUUUUAAAAAAUAAUUUUUAUUUUGAAAUGAGAUGCUCAACUAGAUCACGUAAAUUCACGUAAAAAUUAUUUAAUUUUCAUUUCUAAAAAUAAUCGCAACCUCAAUAGAUGAGUUAAUAAAUACAGAUUUUUCCAGAGAUUCUACGAGGCUCUUAAAAAGGAAGGAAAACCAAUCGAAGUCGUUUUGGUUUCUCGUGACAGAGAAGCUGAAGAUCUUUUGGAAUAUCUUGGACACGGUGGAGAAUGGUUGGCAAUUCCAUUUGGCGACGAGAGAAUUCAGUGAGUUUUUCUCUGUGUUGAAAAUUUGAAAAAAAAAUUUUUUUUUUUCUGCAGAGAAUAUCUUCGUAAAUACGAAGUUCCAACAAUUCCCGCUCUCAAAUUGAUUUCUGCAAGCGGCGAACUUUUGGCCGAUGCAAGAGGAGAUGUUCAAGAAAAGGGAAAAGAAGAUCCACUUGGAGUUUUUGAUAAUUGGGCAUCUACUCAUUCACUUUUGUAA